ACAACUGUUGUUCCAACUACAACCACUCUGGCACCAACAACAACAACAGCUGCUCCAACUACGACAACAGCUGCUCCAACCACAACCACAACUGCUCCAACCACAACAACUGUUGUUCCAACCACAACAACCGUGGCACCAACCACAACAACAGCUGCUCCAACAACGACAACAGCUGCACCAACAACAACAACAACUGCUCCAACCACAACAACAGCUUCUCCAACAACGACAACAGCUGCACCAACCACAACCACAACUGCUCCAACCACAACCACUGUCGCACCAACCACAACCACUGUGGCUCCAACAACAACAACAGCUGCUCCAACUACAACCACUGUGGCACCAACAACAACCACAACAACCGUGGCACCAACCACCACCACACCUGCUCCAACAACGACAACAGCUGCACCAACCACAACAACGACUGCUCCAACCACAACAACAGCUGCUCCAACAACGACAACAGCUGCACCAACCACAACCACGACCACUGUGGCGCCAACAACAACAACUGUUGUUCCAACUACAACCACUGUGGCACCAACAACAACAACAUCUGCUCCAACUACGACAACAGCUGCACCAACCACAACCACAACUGCUCCAACCACAACAACAGCUUCUCAAACAACGACAACAGCUGCACCAACCACAACCACAACUGCU